CACGUGGGUGCCUUUACCCGCGCUUCCUUCCCCGAGAGGUUUGUACUUGGAAGCUGGGAUUUGCGGCAGCAGUUUUGUUCUUCGGGUCUGCGUCGCCACCCUAUCCUACCAGCGCCCCAGCCCCACAUUGCAUCUGCCGCCGGAGGUCCCCACCAUGGCCCCUAUCGGAAGAAAGCGGAAGGCCGCGCCGGCAGAGACUGUGGACAAGCGCGAGAAACUGGCGGAGGGCCCGGCGGUGGUCAUUGAGCACUGCACGAGCUGACGCGUCUACGGGCGCCACGCUGCUGCCCUGAGCCAGGCUCUGCAGCUGGAGGCCCCAGAGCUGCCUGUGCAGGUGAACCCCUCCAAGCCGCGGAGGGGCAGCUUCGAGGUGACGCUGCUGCGCGCGGACAACAGCCGUGCUGAACUCUGGACCGGUAUAAAGAAGGGCCCGCCACGAAAGCUCAAAUUUCCUGAGCCUCAAGAGGUGGUUAAAGAAUUGAAGAAGUACCUUUCCUAAGAUCGUUGGGCAGGGAGCCCCCAUGCUGAGCCUUCAUUCCCUGGAGAUGUUGAAGCAUUUAUGAUAGUGCAUGGCCAAACUUAAGCUAUGUACCUGAAGCCAGUUUCUUCCUCACCAGAAAUGAUGGUUCCGUUGUGAGGCAGUCCUUGUAAAAGUUAUUUGGAUUUGUUUAAUAAAAGUUAAAAUUAAAGUG